ACACACACACACACACACACACACACACACACACACACACACACACACACACACACACACACACACACACACACACACACACACACACACACACACCUGCUUCUUGGACCAGGAGUGAAUUACACUGGUUUGACCACUCUCUAGUUCACACAUUUAGCACACGUACCAGCUAGCAGUCUUAGCACUUUGAAUGCCUAUGACUCACCCUGUCACAGAUGGGAACUGUUAUCAGGCACUGUAUGCAACCACUUUCUCCAUCAAUAACUCAUCCCCAUCUCUCUUUAAAUUGUUCACUGUAUGCAAGACCCCAACCACUUUCUCCAUCAAUAACUCAUCCCCAUCUCUCUUUAAAUUGUUCACUGUAUGCAAGACCCCAACCACUUUCUCCAUCAAUAACUCAUCCCCAUCUCUCUUUAAAUUGUUCACUAUAUGCAACACGCCAACCACUUUCUCCAUCAAUAACUCAUCCCCAUCUCUCUUUAAAUUGUUCACUGUAUGCAACACCCCAACCACUUUCUCCAUCAAUAACUCAUCCCCAUCUCUCUUUAAAUUGUUCACUGUAUGCAACACCCCAACCACUUUCUCCAUCAAUAACUCAUCCCCACCCCUCUUUAAAUUGUUCACUGUAUGCAACACCCCAACCACUUUCUCCAUCAAUAACUCAUCCCCAUCUCUCUUUAAAUUGUUCACUGUAUGCAAGACCCCAACCACUUUCUCCAUCAAUAACUCAUCCCCAUCUCUCUUUAAAUUGUUCACUAUAUGCAACACGCCAACCACUUUCUCCAUCAAUAACUCAUCCCCAUCUCUCUUUAAAUUGUUCACUGUAUGCAACACCCCAACCACUUUCUCCAUCAAUAACUCAUCCCCAUCUCUCUUUAAAUUGUUCACUGUAUGCAACACCCCAACCACUUUCUCCAUCAAUAACUCAUCCCCACCCCUCUUUAAAUGUUUCACUUUUGCUCUCACACUCUUUUUCUUUCUUUCUUUCUUUCUUUCUUUCUUUCUUUCUUUCUUUCUCAUUCUUUCAGUUUUUCUUUGUCAUCUGUCCAUGUCUUUGUCCCUUUUUCAGGUUUGGGGUCAAAAGGUUUUACUAUAUUCCAGGGAAUUCAUUGAAAUUCAAUUAAUGAAUUGAAAAAACAUAAUUUCAAAUAGUGGUUGAUUUCCAAAUAAUUAACUGAAAUUCAGUUGUUUUCCAGAAUUAGUUGAGCUGGAAUUGACCACAACCCAUCUAGUCCUGUGUUUUCUAUCCCUUUUCUAUCCAUGUCUGUCUCCUUCUUUUCCUCUCACCCUCUUUCACCUGUCAGUCCAUCCCAGCCUGCUUUUGGUCAUCAUCCACAGCUUCAAUCUAACUGCACUUGUCGGAGAAUCACUCAAAUAACUGAAUGACUGGUCUGGCACGCUGCGCGGAAUGCAAGGGUUUCAACCAGAGCCAUAGACAUUCUACACAGAGUCUGGAAACUGAUAGUCUAUGUCGGCUCCAAAUAUUCCAUUCAUGUGAUGGUCUUGGACUUUUUGGUGCCAAUAUGGCUGCCUAGGUAAUUCUAAAACUGAAACGGAGUUUGCCUAACUCUGUGUGUCUAUGGCUCUGGGGUGGAGUCAUGCACCGAAUGCUAGAUAUCACACACUAAUACUGAACAGUGUGUGCCACGCAUGACAACAAACACACUGAGGGCAUGUGUUUUAGCCCCAAAAAACCACAACCUUUACUAAUAUGAAAUCAACCGCUAGUCUAAUAUUUGAAACAGAUCUGUGCAAUCUGUUUGCACUCACUCCUUCAGUGUCCGAGACCAGAGGGGACUUUGCAUGCGGUGCCACGUUUUAAGAGUACUAUUAGCUACUACAGAUGACACUCAUACUGUAUGAAUUCUGACUUCAUUUGCACGUGUGAAUAUUUCAUGGGGAAAAGGAAGGCAGGUGUGUGUGUGUGUGUGUGUGUGUGUGUGUGUGUGUGUGUGUGUGUGUGUGUGUGUGUGUGUGUGUGUGUGUGUGUGUGUGUGUGUGUGUGUGUGUGUGUGUGUGUGUGUGUGUGUGUGUGUGUGUGUGUGUGUGUGUGUGUGUGUGUGUGUGCAUGCAUGCAUGCAAACGUGUGGGUGCGUGUGUGUGUUUGCGCAAAUACUUUUUCUCGUCCUUUUGUACUAUGAGAGAGUGCCCCCCGUCCCAAGUAGAAUACUUCUAAUCUCCCAUUAGCUUUCACCCUACUCAGCUAAUUGACCUUAUAGAUAAGAGAUCGAUGGAGAACGAGGAAGAGUUAUAUACGGAGAGUCAGAGACCUAGCUAUAGAGACAGACUGACAGACGGGUAGAGACGGAGAGAAACAGAAAGUCUGAAGAGAAGCAAUGGAGAUAGACACCCAACCUCCCCCUUUGAAAUGCACAGACUUUUAAACAUCCACGCAAAGUAAGAUUACGACUUUCCAUUCGAUGGGUUUUGAUUCCAAAAAAGCAAUAUGUACAUUUUCUGAAAUGUUGGUGAAUUGACAUGAAUUAAAACACAUCUUUGUGAAAGAGAUAGAGCUGUUAUUUGUAUUUUACCAUGACAUGGGCUAGUGAAACAAAUACAUUAUUUUGUUGAAAAUAUUGCUAGGUUAAUUUUAUUUGAGAAAAUGUAUUUAUUUUAGACAAAUAAUCAUGUUUUGCAGUAAAACGCUAUAUAUCCACCCCAAAAACACAGAACUCCAAAAUAAAAACUAUUCAGAUUGGGUUUUGAACUGUUAUAUUCAAAAAGUAUUCAGACCCCAUGACUUUUCCACAUUUUGUUAUGUUACAGCCUUAUUCCAAAAUUGAUUAAAUAUUUUUCCCCCUUCAUUAAUAUACAUACAAUACCCCAUAAUGACAAAGCAAAAUGUUUUUUUUUAGAAAUGUUGACAAAUUUGCACUUUGUUGAAGUGCUUUUGGCAGCGAUUACAGCCUUGAGUCUUCUUGGGUAUGACACUACACAACACGACUCAGGAUAAGAGCCAGAUGCAGACACAGGAGACAGAUAGUUUGAAUCUCAGAUGUUUAUUACACGGCAGGUUGCAGGCAAAUGGCUGGGAACGCUGCGCCUCACAGACCUGGUUCUCUAUACCCCAGAUGAGUGCAGAGAUAAGGAGGAUGGUCUCGGGGUCUGACGGUGUAGCAACCGGGCUAUAGAGAUGUGAGAGCGCAUCCGGCUUCACAUUCUUGGACCCGGGGCGGUAGGAGAUGGUAAAGUUGAACAGAGUGAAUAGCAGGGCCCAUCAAGCUUGCCUAUAGUUGAGGCGCUUGGCGGUGUGGAGAUUUUCCAGGUUCUUGUGAUCAGUCCACACAACCAAUGGAUGUUCUGCCCCUUCUAACCAGUGCCUCCACUCCCCCAACGCCAUCUUCACCGCGAGUAAUUCUCGAUUUCCCACGUCAUAUUUCCUCUCAGCGGAAUUGAGACGAUGGGAGAGGAAGUGCAGGGAUGCAGCUUUUGGUCCUGUACAGAAUGCUGGGACAGGAUGGUCCCCACUACGAUGUCCGAGGCGUCAACCUCCACCAUGAACUGACAGGACGGGUCCGGAUGGAUUAGGAUGGGGGCUGUGGUAAAACGGUGCUUCAGAUCCAGAAACGCCCGGUCAGCAUCUGGAGAUCAUACAAAUGAAAGAGGUGAGUGCAGAGAGGGGGGAAGCCAGGGUGCUGUAACCCCGGAUGACACUGCAGGAGAAAUGAACAAACCCCAGGAAGAGUUGCAGCUGCACUCUGGAUGUGGUUUGAGGCCAAUCCACCACCGCUCUCACCUUGCCAGGAUCCAUUUGUAUGUUACCUGCAGCAAUGAUGUAUCCUAGGAAGGAGAUAGUGUAGUGAUGGAAUUCGCAUUUCUCAGCUUUAACAAAGUCCUGGUUCUCCAGAAGACGCCGGAGGACUUGUCAGACGUGGAGGACAUGUUCUUGAGCUGAGCCGGUUAAAAACUAGUAUGUCAUCAGCAUAGACGAACACGAACUGGUUCAACAAUGUCACAGAGAACGUCAUUAACCAGGGCCUGGAACACUGCAGGGGCGUUGGUCAGUCUAAAGGGCAUCACCAGGUAUUCGUAGUGCCCGCUAGAAAUGUUAAAGGCUGUUUUCCACUCGUCUCCUUCCUGUAUCCGCACCAGAUAGUAGGCGUUUCGAAGGUCCAACUUAGAGAAAAUCGCAGCCCCCUGGAGAGGCUCGAAAGCCAAGGUGAAGAGUGGUAGCGGGUAACGGUUUUUAACCAUGAUGUCAUUCAGGCGAAAAACGGGCAGGGGGAGGCAGAAGGACAGAUACACCCUGCAGCCAGGGAGUCCUCAAUGUACCUUUCCAUCGUCUUGGUCUUCGGACCCGACACGGAAUAAAGCCGCACCCGAGGUGGUGUAGUAACCGGGCGAAGGUUGAUUGCGCGGUCGUAGGGUAUUUGCGGAGGAAUUGAUGUGGCACGGGCCUUGUUUAAAACCUCCCGAAGGAACUGGUACUCUGCGGGAACGGCGGAGAGGUCCGAGGCUUCCCCCAAGCUUGCCGGGAGAUGUGCCUGAGGAGACUCGAUGAGCAGAAAUUGCAUAGCUCACUGUGGUUACCUGACACUCACAGGUUGAUAGGAACCGUAUUAUGGUUGACUUUAACAAUAGAGUGCCCAUCCAGCGCUCUGACGUCUAUGGGAAUGGAGAGUGGUUGAGUGGGGAUUCCCAGCUCUGACACCAGGGUAGUGUCCAUAAAACUCUCAACGGCCCUAGAGUCAAUGAGUACCGGGAGAGAUUUAGACCGGUAACCCCACAGCAGGAUGGCAUGGAGAGGGGUGCGAUUGGACAUUCUCCGUAUGGCCCACUAGCGUAAUCGUACCUACUGAUGAGCCUGAUCUUUUAAUGGACAUGUCGAAAUGUAAGGAUGUAGUCCCACAAUAGACAGCUUUUUGCGUUCAGUAUGCAUAAACGUUAUGCAGGAAACACUCUGAACUCUGGAGUUCUGUCAGAGUGACCAUUGGGUUCUUGGUCACCUCCCUGAUCAAAGCCCUUCUCCUCCGAUUGCUCUAGGAAGAGUCUUGGUGGUUCCAAACUUCUUCCAUUUAAGAUUGAUGGAGGCCACUGUGUUCUUGGGGACCUUCAAUGCUGCAGAAAUGUUUUGGUACCCUUCACCAGAUCUGUGCCUCGACACAAUCCUGUCUCGGGGGUCUAUGGACAAUUCCUUUGACCUCAUGGCUAGGUUUUUGCUCUGACAUGCACUUUGAACUGUGGGACCUUAUAUAGACAGGUGUGUGUGUUUCCAAAUCAUGUCCAAUCAGUUGAAUUUACCACAGGUGGACUCCAAUCAAGUUGUAGAAUCAUCUUAAGGAUGAUCAUUGGAUCAUUGGAAACAGGAGUCUCAUAGCAAAGGGUCUGUUUUUUUUAUUUUUAAUACAUUUGCAAAAAUGUCUGAAAACCUGUUUUCACUUUGUCAUUAUGGGGUAUUGUGUGUAGAUUGAUGAGGGAAAAAUGUAUUUAAUACAUUUUAGAAUAAGGCUGUAACGUAACAAAAUGUGGAAAAAGUGACAACUAUAAUGGAAAUUAUUAGAAAAUGUACUCACUUUAGAGCAAUCUGCAAAAACCAUAUAGAAUAUUUCAUCCACCUGGACAAUGACAUAGCGCAUCUUGGGAAAAACUAGUGUGUUGGAUAUCACGUUUUGAAAAAAAAAAUGGAAAAGAUUUUAAAGCACACCUAAAGUAAACAGCCAUAAUUCGUACACAUAGAAAAUGACCCAUGCGCAUUCAUUUCAGACUAAAUAAAUGCUAAAUGUUUGCAAAGAUUUAUACCAUUCUUCAUUUGUAAAUACCAGCUGACACUGUAGAGGUGUGUUAGAGAGUAACUGUGUACUCUGCUCCCAGAUGUCUCUCAGAGGUCAGACACUCUAACCAGCAAACCCUCCAAGCGUGGUAAGAACCACUAAGACAAUACUCACUGUUUCCCUGAAUAUGUCAUCACAAUAAAAUACUAAAUUAAUCAAAUACCCACUGUUUGCCUAAUGAAACACUCACUCGAUUGGUUGACCAACAGUAAACUACUAGCCUGAGCCUCCCUCACUACACCUGAUGACUCUUAACCUCUUCACCAUCAACGCACUAUGGUGUCACUAAUGCACAGCUCUCCGUGUGUGUGUGUGUGUGUGUGUGUGUGUGUGUGUGUGUGUGUGUGUGUGUGUGUGUGUGUGUGUGUGUGUGUGUGUGUGUGUGUGUGUGUGUGUGUGUGUGUGUGUGUGUGUGUGUGUGCGUGUGUGUGUGUGUGUAAUCCUUUGCAUGGCACAGUGUGUGUUGUGAUGCACACUAGUGUUGAUGUUAAUGUCCACUCCCCCUCCCUUCCAUUCCAUGAGUGAAACACACUGUAGACCAUCAGUAACAAAUGGCUAUGUAGCACAAGAACAAUGGUAAGUGAUAGCAAGAUGACAUUGCGUAAGUAUUCUGUGUUUGGUCCAAAAAAAAACACCCACCUUAUUAACUUUAAAAGGACAGGUAGACUGAUAGAUUUCAAGAAAGUUAGGAGUAAACCUGUCUAUGUUUGACUCUCAGUGCAACACUAAGGGCUGGCUUCCCAGACCCAGAUUAAGCAUGUUACUGGAUUAAAAAGCACUUCCAAAUUAGGAUCCCCAUUGAGCAUACUUUUUAGUCCAGGACAAGGCUUAAUCUGUGUCCAGGAAACUGGCCCUAAAAUUCCUCUUACUUGAAAGUGAAAUUGGUUGUGUGAUGAGUGAUGUUACUGUGAUGAUGGCAUGUUGUUCAUAUUGUAUGUGUUUGUCUGUGAGCACUGUAUGGACUCAUUCUAAGGUAUGCUUUUAUUGUGGUGAUUAGGAUAGUUACCAGGAGCUUGGAAGGCAAGACAUUAUGUUUUGUGGUACUCUGAAAUGCUGCUCACGUCCCCCCCCCCCCUUUCUUCAGAAAGAGAUCAAUUGGGCGUGCAGUCUUUUGUUACAGCCCUGCUCUACCACUCCUAUUUCUACCAAUCCUCUUCUAAUCUUGACGAGCUGAAUCAGGAGUGUCAGAGCCGGGCUGGAACAAAAACCAACACUCAGUAGGAUGUAGAUUUGGACACCACUGCCCCAAACCCUGUCAUUUGAGUCAUUACCCUUCCAGAGCUCAAGCUAGCCCUCCUAUGUCACCACUCUCACCCAAACCAGGUAGAACAGAGACUCAAAAGCCCACAGGUCUUAUAUGAACCCAACAUUUUUGUUUAAUGGAUUACUAUUGUUACAACCUUAUGUCUCCUAAUUUAGCACUUUAAUACUGAUGCACGAUAACCUCAGCCUAGAGACAUAAUUAACGUACAGUACCAGUCAAACGUUUGGACACACCUACUCAUUCUAGGGUUUUUAUUAUUUUUUACUUCAAAACUAUGAAAUAACACAUAUGGAAUCAUGUAGUGACUAAAAAAUAAUAAUAAUAAUAAUAUAAUAAUAUAUGCCAUUUAGCAGACGCUUUUAUCCAAAGCGACUUACAGUCAUGUGUGCAUACAUUCUACGUAUGGGUGGUCCCGGGAAUCGAACCCACUACCCUGGCGUUACAAGCGCCAUGCUCUACCAACUGAGCUACAGAAGGACCAACCCAAAAAAAGGGUUAAACAAGUAGCCACCCUUUGCCUUGAUGACAGCUUUGCACAUUCUUGGCAUUCUCUAAACCAGCUUCAUGAGGAAUGCUUUUCCAACAGCCUUGAAGGAGUUCCCACAUGUGCUGAGUACUCGUUGGCUGCUUUUCAUUCACUCUGCGGUCCAACUCAUCCCAAACCAUCUCAAUUGGGUUGAGGUCAAGUGAUUGUGGAGACCAGGUCAUCUGAUGCAGCGCUCCAUCACUCUCCUUGGUCAAAUAGCCCUUGCACAGCUUGGAGGUGUGUUUUGGGUCAGUGUCCUGUUGAAAAACAAAUGAUAGUCCCACUAAGCGCAAACCUGAUGGGAUGGAGUAUCGCUGCAGAAUGCUGUGGUAGCUAUGCUGGUUAAGUGUGCCUUGAAUUCUAAAUAAAUCACAGACAGUGUCACCAGCAAAGCACCCACAUACCAUCACACCUCCUCCUCCAUGCUUCACAGUGGGAAGAGAUAAUCUGUUCACCUACUCUGCAACUCACAAAGACAUGGCAGUUGGAACCAAAAAUCUCACAUUUGGAUCAAAUUUGGAUCAAAGGACAUAUUUCCACCGGUCUAAUGUCCUUUGCAUUUAUUUAGGCUGCAAUCUGAGGUGUAGUUAACGCUAAAGAAGGUAUCCUCUGUAGCAGAGGUAACUCUGGCUCUUCCUUUUCUUGUGGUGGUCCUCAUGAGAGCCAGUGUCAUCACAGCGCUGGAUGUUUUUUUGCGACUGCACUUGUCGAAACUUCUUGACAUUUUCCGGAUUGACUAACCUUCUUGUCUCAAAGUAAUGCUGGACUGUAAUUUCUCUUUGCUUAUUUGAGCUGUUCUUGCCAUAAUAUGGGCUUGGUCUUUUACCAAAUAGGGCCAUCUUCUGUAUACCAUGACGACAUGAUUCCAUAUGUAUUAUUUCAUAGUUGUGAUGUCUUCACUAUUAUUCUACAAUGUAGAAAAUAGUACAAAUAAAGAAAAAUCUGUGAAUGAGGAGCUGUGUCCAAACUUUUGACUGGUACUGAAUAUACCAACAGUCUAACACGUAUGAUCAAAUCCUCUUCUUUUAACAUCCACGUGGCUUAACGAGUCUCCUUGUUACCUCCUGGAACAAUACCUCCAGGCCUUUCCUCAUCGUCACCCUCUCCUCUUCCUCCUCACGUUAACCCCAUUGCUCAUUCGUUGUUUGUUCUCUCUCUCUCUUUUUUUUCUUUUCUUCCCAUCUCUGUACCUAGG